GAUAAAAUUGGUUGCGAGAAAAACCAAACAAGCUCCGUGACGUCAUCAUCAUGCGCGACGCUCGAAGGGCGGAGGUGGCGGAUGCCUCUUCGAAACAACACAUUCGCUAGCUCACGAGUUGGUUUUCCUCUCUUUCUGCUAACAAGCAGCAGUUAGGAUGCCAAAGAAGUUCCAAGGGGAAAAUUCCAAGGCAGUUACUGCCAGAGCUCGCAAGGCUGAGGCCAAGGCGGUCGCAGAUGCCCGCAAGAAGAAGGAAGAAGACGAUGCCCUUUGGCAGGAAACUGAUAAACACGUUCUCAGAAAAGAACAGAGGAAGGAUGACAAAGAGAAAAAGAGGCUGGAACUUCUCGAGAGGAAAAAGGAAAACCAGCGACUUCUAGAGGAGGAGAGCGUGAAAAUCAAAGGCAAAGCUCAGAAAGAGAAUGGAUCCGGUGGGAAAGUGACUCGUGCCCAAAUUGAGGAGACGCUUCAGAAUGAGCGGCAGCAGCAGGAGCCAAUCAAGCCCAGAGAAAAAAGCCACUUGGAAACUCCAUUGGAAGAGAACAUAAACAGAAUUGUCCCUGAAGAAGGAACUGUUGAAGCCAGAUCAAUUGAGGAUGCCAUUGCUGUGCUCAGUACGGGGCCCGAGGAUCUGGAUCGCCACCCAGAGCGCAGGAUGAAAUCAGCAUUCACAGCCUACGAGGAAGAAAACAUGCCACGUCUAAAAAAGGAAAAUCCCAACAUGAGGCUGUCGCAGCUGAAGCAACAGCUGAAGAAAGAGUGGGCCAAAUCACCAGAGAACCCCCUGAACCAGCGUUUUACCUCCUACAACUCAAAAUGAAGUCACUCUUCCCCACAUAACUCUGCUUGAAAACUGCUUAUGGACACUGGGGACUUCCUCUUGGAUAAAGUAAUAAUAUCAUGGAAAAUUGAUUGUUACUGAUGAGAUCUUCACUGUUAAGAAUCCAUAAACAAUUUCUGUGCCAGAAGACUCAAAUCCUUUAUUCCACAAUAAAGGAGAGGCUUUUCUCCUAAUAAAACUAAUAAUCCUGUUUGUGCACGAGGCCUCCAGUCCAGCACAUUAGAACCUGAUUCAUUUUUUUAGCUCUUGUUAGGAGGUGAGUUGUUUUGAAAGUAACUUAUUAAACUUAAGCAUUGA